GGAAGAAGUCCAAAGUAGCAACAAAUUGAAAUAUUCAAGAAAAGCACAAGUAUCUUGACUUGGUUACUUGGUUACUUGGUUACACUAUAAAGUAGUAGCCUACAGUGAAUAAAAAAGCAAUACAUUAUAGAAAUUGAACGCUUUCUUUUUUUUUGUAUUAUUCUUUGCGAAAUUAACUGAUUACAGAGGGUUAGGCGAGCACCUAAAGGCAUCACGAGCCCUAGCAACCACUGCUAGAGUUACGUGUACCAUAGCAACCAUGGAGGGUGAGCUUUCGUUAAUGGAAGAAAAAGGCAAAGAGGUCACACAAGAACGGAAGGAACUCCUCUACAACCAAGUCAAAGAACUCAAAUGUUCCAAUGCAGCCCUCCUGGCAGAGAUCGACAUGUUGGAGCGGUUCAUCGGUCGACUGGAUCCUCAGGACCUGGUGUCUCAAGCUGGGGAGGACGAUUCGGGGGCAGCAGGAGACUCCCAGCUGGAGGGUGGGGGUCGUGGACCGAGGCGGAGGUCCCAGUCCAACAUAUCGGAUCGCCUCCAGCAGCUGACCUUGGAACAAAAACUUUAUGUGGCACAGAGAGAAGUAGCAGAGACACGACAGGACCAGGAGAAACUCAAACAGAGACAUGACCAAAUUCAGGACAACUACAAGGCCUCUAUGGAAGAAGCAGAUUUGCGUCUUGCCGAAAUCAGGAAGGCUAAGAUCGACUUUGAACGCAGAAUGGUCAAACCUAUGAAGGACAAAAGGUUGGAAAUGAUGGAGCCCGACAAGCUGCUCCGGUACAUCGAAGACAAGUCAAAGGUCACACAGGUGGAGAAGUUGACUCGGAAGAACCAUGCACUGAAGGUCCAUGAGAAGAAGCUCCAGCAGCAGCUUCAACAGAAGAAAGAGACGGGGAAAGCCGAGUACGAGAUUUUUCAGGAGUACAGCGAGCAGAGAAUGGACAAAAACCGGGAUGAACUUCAAGUCAACAAUUUGAAAGUACAACGUGUCCUCAGUUCACACAAGGAGAAGCUGCAGAGUGUGACACGAGAGUCCACAGAGCUGAGCGAUGACAUCACCAAGAAGAAGCAGAUGCUGGCCAAACUUGAGGAGGAGAUCGUGCGCGCUGAGGAGGAGCGUCUGAAGGCAGAGGCCCUCAACCAGCACCUGCGGCGCCAGAUGACAGAUUACCAGGCUCCUGGUAUCACAGAGUACAUGCAGGUCAAGGGCAAACACAAGAAGCUGCAGCAGAGCAUUCACACUCUGGAUAGAAAAAUUGGGAUCGCUGAGAUGGCCUUGAAGACCCGCUCUACAGUCUGCAGCGCACAGAGAGCCUCUCUUCCUGCCGUGUGCAGAGCUGAGGCUGGAGCGAGACCUGCAGAGCAGCACAUCCCAGUGAAGCUCCCGCACAUAGCAGAACACCGCACAUAGAGAACACCACACAUAGCAGAACACCGCAUGUAGAGAACACCGCACAUAGAGAACACCGCACAUAGCAGAACACCGCACAUAGAGAACACCACACAUAGCAGAACACCGCAUGUAGAGAACACCGCACAUAGAGAACACCGCACAUAGCAGAACACCGCACAUAGAGAACACCACACAUAGCAGAACACCGCAUGUAGAGAACACCGCACAUAGAGAACACCGCACAUAGCAGAAUACCGCACAUAGAGAACCAGAGAAGGAGACUGUGCUACUGCUGCAAACACAAUGGUGCUCUAGGAGGAGAUUCAGGUGAUAAGGUGGCGGGGGUUACCUUGGUUGGUUAUUGGCUAAUGGUUACACAAGCCAAAAAAACGUUA